GCUUUCCCGACUGGAAAUACGCCUGGAGCUUGAGGAUCGCCUUGUCGCCGGCGGCGGGCGCGGGGCUGAGCCGCACCAGCAGCCGCGCGGCCGCCAUGAUCCCGCCCCGCGCUCGCUUUCGCUUUCGCUUCCCUUCCCUCUCCGCCGCUCGCUUUCGCUUUCGCUUCCCGCUCCGCCCGCGGCUCCGAGCGCUGAGGGUCCGCCCUGAGCCGCCCCAUGGGGAUCGUGCAGAGUUACGUUGCAGAUUUCUUCAGAGGGAAGCUCGGUUUAGGGUCAAGCAUCGUAAUGGAUGAGGUCAAUUUGAUGAUCCCCAUCAGUAAAGAUGCCUAUGAAGCUCUUAAGAGAAGAGAAAACUGUCUCAAUAAUCUCGUUUCCAAAAAGUUUGCUUGUAGGUUGGCCUUCAGAGAAGCAACAAAAAGCACUGCUGAAGUAUACAGAAAAAAAAUGAAGUCGGGCAUUGACAUUCGUGUUUUUAAGGAUGAUCUCACAAGACACAAGGUCGAUAUUGUGGUAAAUGCAGCCAAUGAGUAUCUUGAACAUGCAGCAGGUCUUGCUCUUGCCCUUGUAAAAGCUGGAGGGCCAGAAAUAAAAGAGGAAAGCAAGCAUUAUGUUCAAAGGUUUGGAAGAGUCAAAGUUGGUGAUAUAGCAGUGACAGGUGGAGGGAAGCUUCCUUGUAAGGGUAUUAUUCAUGUGGUUGGUCCAAAGUGGUAUGCUCACAAAAAGGAAAGAUGUUGUUACCUUCUUCAGGAAGCUAUUUUGAAUGUUCUGCGUUAUGUUAGUGCUCCAGGAAAGGCUUUGAAGUCUGUGGCUAUCCCAGCAGUGAGUUCAGGUAUCUAUGCCUUCCCAAUUGAUUUGUGUUCUCAAGUGAUUGUAAUGGCUGUAAAGAAAUUUGUUGAGGCAAGUCCACCAAGCUGUCUCAGGGAAAUCCGCCUGGUGAACAUUGAUGAGUCUACAGUCGCAGAAAUAAAGAAGGCCUGUGAAAAGUUUCUGGGUGAUAGCAAUUCACUUGAAGACACUGAGCCACUUUCGCCAAGCCAGGCUGUAACUCACCUCAAACUUGAAAACAUUCGCUUGCGCAUCAUAAAACAAGACCCUGCAAAUCUGAACAAUACAGCUAUUGUUAACUUCCUGAAUGCAAAGGGUGAGCCUUCCUCUGAGACUUCAGAACGACUGCUGGAAAAAGAGGGUGCAGCUUUUCGGAAGGAAUUUCAGCAUCUGAGACAUCCAAAGGGUUUUAAGGAGCCCGUGGUGGUCAAAAGGCGUGAGCCGCCCUCUACGUUUGUACUGCACAUGGCACUGCAAUACCAGCAUCCGGUAUUACAGCUUCAGGAAUUGAAGGAUGCAGUGAAAAGAUGCCUGGGUUACUUUCAAGACCACUCAUCUCCCUCAGUGUCUUUUCCAAUAAAUUGGUCACCAGAGCUGCCUGUUGACAUAGCAGCAGAGACCAUGAUUGAAGCAGUUUUAAAUUUUGCCAGGGCACAUCCUACGAAGAGAGAAGUGCAGUUUGUUGUUUGCCCAGAUGACCAUGCUGCCUAUGAGGUUGUCCAGAGAAAAUUUCAUUCAGCAAAAUACAAACUGGAAAACAGAAGUGAUCCUUUGAGUACAGAGUCAGGCAGUCAGACUGCAAAAGAGCAUGCAAGCAGUAAACCCGUGAUUGAACUUAAAGGGUUCACACCCACAGCACUGGGAGCAGCAGAAUCGUGGCUCCAAAAUGUAAUGAAAAUUCAGAAAGAUUACCAUGCUGUUAUUGAAAACAACUACAUAUUUUGCCUUGGUAAAGAGGAGCUUGCAGAACUCUCUCGAGACCAGCUUUCUAGUGUAUAUGUGUCAGAAGAAGUGAGAGAUGGACGAGCAAAACUGGAGCUUCAGGGCCCUCCUGAUGUUUUGAUUGAUGCAGUGCUCACAACUGAAGAAUUACUGCUUCGUGUGCAAAAGAAGGCUAUUGCUGAACAAGAGAAACUGCUCUACUCAAUGUGCCAAGCAGAAGCAGGCCCGCUUUCAGGAGACUUUCACAUGACAAGUACCACUGACUACUUCCAGAUUUCACCGGUGGAAUGCUACCUCCAGGAGUUUAAAGACAGAGAGAAAGAGUUUGAAAAAGCUGGACUUCGUGUUCUCAGGAUUGAAAAGAUACAUAAUCUACUUCUAUCUGCUGCAUUCCAACAAAUGAAAAAGAAAGUAGAUGGUAGCUCCAAAACAACUUGCAAGUUGUACCAGGAUGUUCCUGCUGACUUCUGUUGCUCAGUUUGCCAAACUGGAUUUCACAGGAUGUAUUCUCCACCAAAAGAACAAAAAUACGGAGCUGGCAUCUACUUUACAAAGAACCCGAGGUACCUGACCAAGGAUAAAGCUACACAGAAAAUGGAUUCUAAAAUGUACGUGUUUGAGGCUGAUGUAGUAACUGGCUCAUACACUACAGGCCGACCAUCUUGUAUUAUGCCACCAGCACUGGACAGGAAUGCCUUUACACUAUAUGACAGUUUAGUAGAUAGAUUGGUCAGUCCUGAGGUCUUUGUCAUUUUCAAUGGUUUUGCAGCCCUUCCAAAGUAUUUGCUGACUUGUUCCCCAAUGACUGAGAGGUAUGUAGGUCUUGGAGGAAACGAGCAGGAUCCUCAGUGGGAAUAAAGCAGAACUGUAGCUAUGGUGAAGACCCUCUGAGAACAAAGUCUAGUGCUUAGAUUUAAGAGGAUGCUCUGCUUAGUAGUGUGCUAUGGUCAGAGCGCUUCCUGGAAAGCUUUCUGAAAUAUUUGUGAACAAAAUAGUAAGUUAUCAUCUUAAGGAGAUUAGGACAAAAUAACCUGUGAAUGGAAGCAGAGGGGAAAACAUUCCAAAAUACAGUGUAACAUUUAGCAUUAACAUUUAACAUACCUGGUCAUUUACCUUAUUUCUUAAAGUGAUCUCAGCUUGUGAAUGUACACUUGAUGUGUGUAUAGCCUGUCAUUCUUCCACUGCAUUUUCUUAAUCUGACAUACUGCAUAUAUCAGGGAAACACAAGAAAUCUUGGUUGUGCCUUUUGAGUCUUAAGUUUUCUUUUGACUUAAGACAGGAGAAUGUAGCAGAUAAGAGCUGUUUUCUGCUUAGGGACAUGCUAUUAUAUACAGUUAUGACAAAUGUGAGGCAAUACUUCAUUAUUUCUUACAAUGGUUGCUAUACAGUUUUUAUUAGUUACUUCAAGCACUGUAGAUGCACAUAUUCAAAAUAAAAACUAUGAAUGUCA